AUGGCGGCCCCGUUGAGACGACGUGCUCUUGUCAGCUUACAGCGAUUCGUGCACAAUCAUCGAUGUUUUUCUUCUUCGGUUGUAAAUCACAAAGGCCUGGUGGUUGGUACAUUUAAAGCUGCAGGGAAGGAUAGUCUGCCAGAGUUGACUCCUGCAGCACAGCACUAUGAUAGGGUAUCUGAGGGAAGGCUCACAAGAGAUCUCAAGGUUGCAAGCCGUGAUCUGAAGAAAGGUAAAAGUCGAAUCUUGUACAACAGUGGGUGUGAGUAUGAGCGAAUUGCUGUGGUGUGUCUUGGACCCCGGGGGGUUGGGUAUAACCCACAGGAGGAGUUGGAAGAAGGCAGGGAAAACAUACGAUCAGCUGUCUCUGUUGGUGCACGUCAACUUCGUGAUGUGGGAGAGAUUGAUAUUGUCCUUGAUCCCUGUGGUGACCCAGAAGCUGCUGCUGAAGGCUGCAUGUUGUCACUGUUUGCUUAUGAUGAGUUGAAGGAAAAGAAAAAGCAGAAGCCACAUGUGAAAACAGGGUGUUAUACAGACCACUGCCCUGGAGAAAGCCAGAAGAUAGAAGAGAGAUGGCAGAGAGGAAGGGUACAAGCAGAGUCGCAGAAUCUGGGCCGCAUGUUGAUGGAGAUGCCGGCAAACAAGCUAACCCCGCUGAUUUUCUCGCAGAUUGUCACGGAACGCCUCUCAUCUCAUGGAGUAACAGUCAAAGUCAGAGACCAGGAAUGGAUGGAGUCCGAGAAAAUGGGAGCAUUUCUGUCUGUGACACGAGGUUCUGAUGAACCACCCAUGUUUGUGGAGCUGGAAUACAUUGGUGGAGAGGCAGACAGCCCAUUACUAGCCCUGGUGGGGAAGGGAGUCACUUUUGACAGUGGUGGAAUCUCUCUGAAGCCUGGAGCCAACAUGGAUGCCAUGAGGGGUGACAUGGGCGGAGCAGCCUGCGUGGUGGGGGCUAUGUCAGCUAUUGCUAGGCUUAACUUACCGGUCAAUAUAAGAGGGUUUAUCCCACUAUGUGAAAACAUGCCCAGUGGUAAGGCAACAAGACCCGGGGAUGUGGUGACCGCCAGGAAUGGUAAAACAAUACAGGUAGACAAUACAGAUGCAGAGGGACGACUUCUUCUAGCAGAUGCUCUCAGUUAUGCUGAAACUUUCAACCCAUUUCUAAUUCUAGAUAUGGCCACUUUAACAGGUGCUAUAGAUGUGGCUCUUGGGUCAGCUGUCACUGGCGUAUAUACCAACUCCUCUAGCAUGUGGUCACACCUUCACCAGGCUGGCCAACUGACUGGCGACCGUAUGUGGAGGAUGCCAUUGUUUAACCAUUAUACCAAACAGGUCACAGAGUCUCAGCUGGCUGAUGUCAACAACAUAGGAAAGGGAGGCAGGUCAGGAGGCUCCUGUACGGCGGCUGCUUUUCUCAAGGAAUUUGUGACCAAUGAAAACUGGCUUCACCUGGACAUUGCUGGUGUGAUGAUGAACAAAGAUGAAGUUCCCUACCUGGGCAAGGGCAUGACAGGUCGGCCUAUCAGGACAAUUGUAGAGUUUGCUCGGAGGGUGAAGAAAUCACCCAGCUGAGAGGGACUUCUGUAGUAUCCAGAAGGGAAGGCCUGGAACAUGAAAUGUCAUUGCUAGUUACGGAACCAAUUUAACUAAGAAAAACGAUAUUGUUUAUUCAUCAUAGUGCUUGGUAGAGAUGCAUCGAGGUGCAGAUAAAAUCAAAUAGAUCCAAAUUGUUUAAGUUGUCUAAUUUGCCCAGAAUUUCCUGUUGGUGAUUUCUUAUGACAGUGGGUGUAUCCAGACAGAAAGUACAGAAAUACAGUGUGAUAGGAAGGAAAACAUGUGAAUAUCUUUUCUCACAGUGACAGUGUUGUACAGAAUUCGUACAUGGGUACAAGUAGCAGGUACUGCAGGAUAAUUUAUAUUUUUCGCAAAUAGUAUUUAUAUAGCUUAUGUUGGCUGAUAGCAGAAGUAGCAAAGCACUAAACUGUUUAGUCAGAUAAACUGCCGUUGUAGAUGUGUACAUUCUCUUGAAGAAAUUUCCGUGAUUCCAAGCCUCUCGGAUGAGGAACAAUUGUGAGCAGGCAAAGCUUGAUGAGGAACACUUGGCCCAAGUAUCACAUUUGUUGUCAAACUUUAUAUGACCUCAGUCAGUGCUGGCGUAACAAAUGUGUACUUACUUUGUGUUUUGAUCAAUUUCAGUAACAGAGACAGGAUGGAGAUUAUUCAAUGGCUUAACUAUACUCUGGUCUGAAACAUGUAAGAUAAAAAUCAUUUGUUGACAAGAUGGAAAA